ACUCCCCAGCCAGCCUGGGGCCGCUUCCUGGACUGCUGCCGCCAACAGGGCCUGCUCGCCUCAGCGGGGCGCGACGCGACGGACGCAGCCACGGCUCGGCCGCUCUACCUGAUCCUGGAUGACAAUUUUUACUAUCGGAGCAUGAGAUACGAGGUGUACCAGCUGGCUCGAAAAUAUUCCUUGAGCUUCUGCCAGCUGUUUUUGGAGUGUCCACUCGAAUGCUGCUUGCGGAGGAAUCGUCUAAGAAGUCAUCCGUUACCUGACCAGACAAUAUGUGUAAUGGCGAGAAAAAUAGAAAUGCCAGAUCUCAAGAAAAACUCUUGGGAACAAAACAGCCUCAUUCUGAAAAGUUCAGAUUGCGCUUCAGAGGAUAAUGAGCAGAUAAUUAGUUUGCUGGCCACUGCUCUGGAAAAUCCAGUGAAGCAAAACGAGGAAAACACUGAGCAAAAGGAAGCAGAUCGAGUGAUCUGUGCCGCCAGCACUCUCCACCAGGCCGAUCAGACCUGCAGGCGCAUCAUCUCUCAGGCGAUGAAGGAUGCCAGAGAUAAAAAUGUACUCCCGAGUGAGAUGAAGAGCCUGGCAGAAGAACUCCAACAACUCAAAGCAGGAUUUUUGGAAGACUUGCGGCAAGGAAGUAAUUUGAAAAACCAAAGUUGCAUACAAAAUCAAGAUUCUGACCCCGUGACAAGUGAAAAGCGAGUCUGGGAGGAACACCGAGAAGUCAUCCAGUCCUUUCCUGCUUCCAGCAGGACCAGCCUCAGGCUGGAGCAGCUUUCCCCGCGCCGCAUCCGGCUGAGGUUUUGA